AAUUCUAGGGUUUACUCCAAUCUUCCUAUAUCGGCCUUUCAGCCCUAAAGCUACAGUCUUCUUCUCAUUUGCAGUUUAGUCUGCAUAGCUCUCUUAAAGCGCCGCCGCUCUCUCCACCAGUAGCCGAAAUCCCUUCAUCUCCUCCACCUUCCCUCUCCUCCCUUAUCCUUUUUUUUUUUAAAAAAAAACACCAUAAUUUCUCACUCUCUGUUUUUGCGUCGUUCGUUUUUGGUUAUUUCAACUCAGCCUAUCUAUUCCCUAGUGUUUGUUGUUGAAUAAGAAGAGGAGAGGGAAGAUAAAAAAGGGGAAAAAAAAUCGAAAAAACGAAACUUGAAAAACAGAAUAGGGUUGAGUGAGAUGGCGCAGGUACAGCAACAGGGUGCGAAUGCCGCUGCGAACGGUGGUGGUGGGGCCAAUCAGAUGGUCACGACGUCCCUUUACGUUGGUGAUCUGGAUCACAACGUUACCGAUUCGCAACUCUACGAUCUGUUCAACCAGGUGGGCCAGGUUGUCUCGGUUAGGGUUUGCAGGGACUUGACCACCCGAAGGUCUCUGGGUUACGGUUAUGUCAACUACAGCAACGCUCACGAUGCUGCUAGAGCAAUGGAGAUGCUGAAUUUCACCCCCCUCAAUGGUAACCCAAUAAGGGUCAUGUAUUCUCAUCGUGACCCAAGUGUUCGCAAAAGUGGAGCUGGGAAUAUAUUCAUUAAGAACUUGGAUAAGGCGAUUGACCACAAAGCUCUACAUGAUACAUUUUCUGCAUUUGGAACCAUCCUCUCCUGCAAGGUUGCUACAGAUGCGUCUGGCCAGUCAAAAGGAUAUGGAUUUGUCCAAUUUGACAAUGAGGAAUCUGCGCCAAUGGCAAUUGAGAAGCUGAACGGCAUGCUUUUGAAUGAUAAGCAAGUUUAUGUGGGACCCUUCCUUCGCAAACAUGAAAGAGAAACAACCACUGAUAAGAUAAAAUUCAACAAUGUCUUUGUGAAGAAUCUCUCAGAAUCUACAACUGAUGAAGAUUUGAAUAAAAUUUUUGGUGAAUUUGGAAUAAUCACUAGUGCUGUGGUGAUGAGAGAUGGGGAAGGAAAAUCUAGAUGCUUUGGGUUUGUCAAUUUUGAGAAUGCAGAUGAUGCUUCCAGGGCUGUUGAGGCUCUUAAUGAGAAGAAGUUUGAUGAUAAGGAAUGGUAUGUUGGGAAAGCCCAGAAGAAGUCUGAAAGAGAAAGUGAAUUAAAACUUAGAUUUGACCAGAGUGUGAAGGAAGAUAAAUUUCAAGGAGCAAACUUGUAUAUUAAGAACUUAGAUGAUAGCAUAGGUGAUGAUAAGCUGAAAGAAUUGUUCUCUCAGUUUGGUUCCAUAACGUCAUGCAAGGUUAUGCGAGAUCCAAAUGGGAUUAGUAAAGGAUCAGGGUUCGUGGCAUUUUCUACUCCUGAAGAGGCAUCUAGAGCUAUGUUGGAGAUGAAUGCCAAAAUGGUUGUUAACAAACCUCUUUAUGUUGCACUUGCUCAACGAAAGGAAGAUAGAAGAGCGAGGAUGCAGGCUCAGUUUUCUCACAUGCGGCCUGCUAUGGCGGCUUCAGUUGCUCCUCGUAUGCCAAUGUUCCCUGCUGGCAGUCCAGGUCUUGGACAGCAACUAUUUUAUGGGCAAGCCCCACCUGCUAUGAUACCUCCCCAGCCUGGAUUUGGGUAUCAGCAGCAGCUUGUUCCUGGUAUGAGGCCUGGUGGGGCUCCUAUGCCAAACUUUUUUAUGCCAAUGGUUCAACAGGGGCAGCAAGGGCAGCGUCCUGGUGGCAGACGAACUGGGGUUGCUCAGCAGUCCCAGCAGCCAGUCCCACUUAUGCAGCAACAGAUGCUUCCCAGGGGUCGCAUGUAUCGUUACCCACCUGGGCGUGGGUUGUCUGAUGUUCCCAUGCCUGGCGUUCCUGGAGGCAUGGUUUCUGUUCCAUAUGACAUGGGUGGUAUGCAGCUGCGUGAUGCUACCCCUCAGCCAAUUCCUAUUGGGGCUUUGGCUAGUGCCCUUGCAAAUGCCUCUCCAGAUCAGCAAAGAACGAUGCUUGGUGAGAACCUUUACCCACUUGUGGAACAGCUGGAGCCUGAUGCAGCAGCUAAGGUUACAGGCAUGCUUCUUGAGAUGGAUCAGACUGAGGUUUUGCAUUUGCUCGAGUCGCCAGAAGCUCUGAAGGCAAAGGUUGCUGAGGCAAUGGACGUUUUAAGGAAUGUUGCUCAGCACCAGCAGGCAGGCAUUGCAGCUGAUCAGUUGAGCUCCCUGUCAUUAAAUGACAACCUUGUUUCUUAAAGUUAAUGCUAGCAGUUUUUUGGGAAUGAUGGGUUUAUAAUUUUUCUGGUUCGAUACAAACUUAACUUAUGUUGGUUGGGUGGAAGGAUAGUCUCUGGUGUUACGCUUAUUUCCUUUUUUUUUUUUUUUUGUGGUUUUAUCCUAGUUACUCUUUUUGAGAGGUUUGGAGGAGCUUAAUAAUUGCUUUUUCGAUGCACUUUGCACCUAAAUAUUUUUCUGGGAACAUAACCAGUGGUUUGUACCCGAAAAACUUUUAACGUUUUUCUGAAUUCUA